AUGAAUUCAGAAAGAAAAGUGUAAUUGAUUCUUCAUUUACCUAAAUUAGAAACAGGAUUCCGUUUUGAAUCAGAAGCUUAAACCGCAACAUCACGAUCAAGUAAAAUUUUUUAAAUAUUAAUAGGGAUAUUGUCAAUCAAUAAAGGUUAAUAAACUGAAAAGAGAUUACACAAGCAUGCAAUUACUUAAAUAAGUAGUCCUAAUCAACUUCAUUUAUAUACACCUAAGUAAGAGAGUUUGAGAGCCAAAAGACUCAAAAACAUUCCUUAUUAAUUACAAUAUUUCAUUCCUAAUCUCCCUAACAAAAACUUUAAAUCUAGCCAUUUAAUGAGUAGUAAACUAUUAGAAACACCAAGAAGUACUCUCUAUAACAAAGAUAAAUGGUAAUUAAAUACUCACAAAACAAAAAUGAAUAAUGCUUUUAGUUUAGGGAAAAUCAAAAGAAUGGAAAAUUAACAUUUAUAAACAGAUUAAUCAGAAGAACACAAUCAAAUUAGAAAAUAAAACAUAAUAUAUAUCGAAAAAGAAAAAAUGAGAGUAUUAUAUUAUCUUAUUCUUAGAGACUCAAUCAAUAAAGAAUUGAAACUCAAAAAUUAAUGGAUCAGUUUGCUUCUCAAUUUAAUUCAAGUGUGAAAACUUGAAAAUAUACAAUCAAAUUUUUG